UAUAUGAAAUAAUUAAUUGAGAGAUGAAUAAGCUGUACGUAUAUUUGUGCGUGGCCUUGUUGCCCGCAAUUUUGGCAAACCCUUUGGAGCAGAUUAAUUAUGACAAUGUGCAACCUGAGAAGCCAAGUGACGAAGAACAUAAUGCAGAAGUCAGGAAAAUUAGGAUGCUGAGCAUUGGAAAACCCGAUGUCAAUGUUGGGGCGUUGGUUGACAAUUGGAAACCUGAUUCCGGAGUCAAGCCUGAGGAGCUCGGUUCAUACCUGGAAGGUGACAUUCUGACCGUGCCUAAUUCCCAGGGCAGGAACGGAAUCAUCAGCACCAGCUACAGGUGGCCAAAUGCGGUCGUUUACUACAAAAUCCAGGGCGCUUUCAACUCGUAUCAACUCAAUUUGAUCUACCAAGCAAUGAAUGCGUUCCAAAGCAACACUUGCAUCAGGUUCAGACCAUUCACAGGAACCUCAGGCGACCAUAUCAUCAUCAAAAGUGACAAUACAGGGUGCUGGUCUGCCGUCGGUAGAAUCGGUGGCGCUCAGAACCUCAAUUUGCAGGCUCCGGGCUGCGUGAAUGUGGUUGGAACGCCUAUCCACGAGUUAAUGCACGCUGUUGGCUUUUUCCAUGAGCAGUCGCGCUUGGACAGGGACAGUUAUGUUAAUGUCUUGUGGCAGAAUAUCCAAUCAGGCCAAGAGCAUAACUUCAAUAAAAUGACCUCUACACCCUUCGGAGUGAGUUACGACUACGGAAGUGUGAUGCACUACUCCCUAAAGGCCUUCUCACGUAACGGACAACCAACACUCCAAGCAAGGCAAUCUACCAGCGCCACCAUUGGUCAAACUGCCGGACUCAGCGCGUCGGACAUCAGGAAGCUCAAGGCCAUGUACAAUUGCUAGGUCGCUGAAGGUGGAAUUUGUUUUGACUUUUUUUUCUCUUUUUCUCUCUUCAAUUUAAUAAAUCUAAUAUAUACAGUUUUAACAUC